CUGCUACCUCUAGCAUAUCUGAUAUAUCUGUUCGUUCCUCGGAUUGCAACCACAGAUCGAAAAUCUCUCUUUGCAAAUGUCGUGGAAACGCCUUGUCCCGACUCUCAACAGAGUCUUGGUUGAGAAAAUCAACGCUCCGGCCAAGACCACCAGCGGGAUCCUUCUGCCGGAGAAAUCCUCCCAGCUUAACUCCGGGAAAGUUGUCGCGGUCGGGCCUGGUCUCCGUGAUAAGUCUGGGAAUGUUGUGCCGGUAGCCCUCAAGGAAGGUGAUAAUGUUCUCUUGCCUGAUUAUGGUGGUACACAAGUCAAAUUGGAUGAUAAAGAGUACCAUUUGUUUAGGGAUGAAGAUAUUUUGGGUGUUCUGCAUGACAAAUGAGCAACUUUAGUGUUUCAAACUGUUUUCAAUUUUAACCAUUUUGGUAAUGGAAUUGUUGUUUAAAUUAUCAUCAUUACUGAAUAAUAUUUUACUUAACCUUUGUGUACUUGAUCCACAUUGUAAGACAUUUGAUAUUUGAGUUAAUGGCUCUAAUUUCUUGGCAAAAAUCCA